AUGCGGUCCUCAUCCAUCCUAUCGGUCUUGUCGACACUGACCCUACUACUCGACCGCUCAUUGACAACCGCAACCCCGCUCGCAUACGAGGGAAACGCCCUCAACACCACAAUUGAAAAGCGCUGUGCGAAUCCCUGCGGCUAUGACGGCUGGCUGUGCUGCUCAAGCGGUCAAACAUGUACGACCAACAGUGCCAAAGAGGCCGUUUGCUCCGAUAGCGGUGGCAGUGGCAGUGGAGGCUACCAAUAUUACACCACCGUGUACACGCUGACGGAAACCGACCUAUCAACAAUCACCUCUGUAUGGAGUAGUCAACUCGCCGCAGCCACCAGUACCGGCACCUGUCGGGCCGACAUUGGCGAAACGAAGUGCGGCACACGUUGUUGCGAGGCUGCGCAGGAGUGUCAGGACGGUGAAUGUGUCGCCGAGAGUUCGUCCGUAGCAGUGACGGCGACUGGAACCGACGCAGAGGCUACGCCACCAGUUCGAGGAACGAGCGAUGGAGCCAGUACCGUCACAGCAACUUCCGCCCCAACAACAACCGAGGGCUUCACGGCACCUGUCGGAACAGACGGCGCAGACUUGAUCGGUGCAAAGGCAUCUGACAACGAUGGUGGACUCAGUGGCGGUGCUAUUGCCGGAAUUGUCAUUGGUUCCAUCGCCGGUGCCUUCUUGCUGCUCUUGAUUUGCGCCUGUCUCUGUUGCAAGGGUGUCUUGGACGGUCUCUUUGCAGCUCUUGGAAUCGGCAAGCGUCGCAAGCGAGAUACAACCUAUGUGGAAGAACGCCACUCACACCACUCACACGGAGGCCGACCUCCACCUCCUGGGCGGACAUGGUUCGGAUCUAAGCCGCCUGCCGAAGGCAGUGAUGUCAGCGAGAAGAAGAACAGCUGGGGCAAGAUCGCCAUCAUCCUCGGGGCUCUUGCUUUAUGCUUGGGCCUGAAGAGACACAGGGACAAGGAUCAUGACGACAGCAAGACUGAGUCCUCUUACCCAAGCUCUUACUAUUACUACUCCGACUACUACUCCGGAACUGGCAGCAGCAGAAGCUCUGACCGACGAACUCGGGACACACGGCGAUCCCGACAAUCGCGCGCUCGAUCAAGCCGUCGAUGA